AAACCUCCGGCCACUCCGAUCCCUCCGGUAGUCCAGUGUCUCCAGCCGGUCUACUGGAGCGGGGCCGGCGAGGUGUGGAAGAGUGCGUGACUUUUCCAACCGGCCCCGUCGAUCGAUAUAAAAUACGCCGGCCUCGUGCUCUCUCGACCUACUCACCCGCUCGCUCCGGUGGUCCACCUCCUCUCGCUUCUCGCCGGCGCAGAUCGAGCGAGCACCCCAUAGGCGGCGCCAAGCAGUAAUCGCGGGCAACCAAGCGUCAGAGCCGACCGCCAGCGGGCUGCCUAGCUGCUGAUCGAGAUCGUCGACCUGAAGCCAAUUAGCCAUGCCGCCGAAGAAGCGGGAGCUGGAGCAGGGCGGCUCCAGCGGCGGCACGCCGCCGUCGUCGCAGGCGCCGGCGCUGAAGAAGCGCUGCCGGUCCUUCGACCUGGAGAUCAGGGGCUGCAGGCACCUGCAGGAGCUCGCCGCCGCCGUCAAGGUCAGCCUCGAGGCCGCGCUCGAGGCCGCCGUCGCCCGGAUACCAGAAGAAGUUGCCAAAGCAUUUACAAGUUUCUUAAGCCGUGCUCCUAGUUUGUGCAGAACACUGGUUGAUCAGAAUCAGCCUCCAAGAUACAAGCUCACCUUCACCAAUGGCUUGGGCAGUGAAAUUUUCACAAAGAAGGUCAUCUGUGACACAAAUGGGAAGCCCCUCAAGAUAUGUGUAAUAGCAAACGGCCAGGAUGAAACCGACCCUCGUAUUCUUUGUGCUAAAAUCAGAGUCGUUGUUCUUGAUGGCGACUUCAAUAGGCACAAUCAAGAAUGCUGGACUCAAGAGGAGUUCAACAACUCCACAGUACGCCCACGAGACAAGGUUGGGGCAGUCUUGACAGGGGAUCUUGAGCUGAGUCUGACAAAUGGUGAGGCUUAUCUCCACAGCGCUACUUUUAUCGAUAAUUCCAAGUUUGUGAGGAGUGGCAAGUUCAGGCUUGGGGUUAUGGUUAUUGACAAUCUCGGUGAACGAGUCCAAGAAGGCGUCACCGAACCUUUCACUGUCAAGGAACGGCGUGGUGAAGGAUACAGAAAGCAUGAUAUACCAUCGUUGAAUGAUGAUGUGUGGCGCCUGAAGAAUAUCUCAAAGGAUGGUGCUUUCCAUGCCGCAUUGAGAGGUUCUGGCAUUUUGUUUGUCAAGGACUUCUUGAGGUUGUAUUAUAAGGAUGAGCAAGGUCUGCGCAAUAUUCUCAUCAAGGCCACAGAAUUAGCUUGGACUACUAUUGUUGAGCAUGCUAAGAAAUGUGAUCCUGGACGAGAGCUAUAUUCUUUUCUUGUCGAAGGCAAUAGUGUUCUUCUUUUCUUCAACUCUGUCUAUCAGAUUGUUGGAGCGAAAUUUGGUGACUACUACUUGCCCUUCAAUGAUCUGGAAAAGGCUCCAAAGGAACUGGUCAUACAAUGGAGCAAAGUUGCAUACGAAAAUAUACCCUACAAGGGACCAGAUUAUGAAAUGGAUGAUGAUGGGAAACUAAGACCAAUCAACCAGGGAAUGAGUAUGCUGGAGCAUAAAUUUACUGACCUUAUGCAAGACAGAAAUGUUUGUUAAGCUGAUAAUCAGCAAGGGACUUCCUGUAGUCAUUCCAAGCAGUGCACGUUUAAAAGGCUGGGAUCCAUUCGACUUACGCAAAAUGAUGAAGAUGAAUCAUUUGACUUCAGUGUCUACAUGGACUCUAUCUCUGAACAUUGUGCAGCCACAUCUACAAAUGACAUCACAGGUCUAGUCACGCUUCGUUGCCCAGAUGCCGAGGUAAAUGAAGCAACAGGAUCUGUGGUUUUGACACAGGCAUCCCUUACAGUGGAUGAUGGGGUUUACAAUAUACUUCUGACAGAGAAUGAUGCUGCAGUCCCUCAGCUGUGUGAAGAGCAGCAACCUGCAGAGGGAGCCCAGUUUGUCGCCUCUCUUUGCGGCGUCAGAGCUCUGGCAGACUAUCCUAUGUACUCAAGGCAUGGCAGCUUCAAAGAGCCCGGUUGCCAUGACGCGGCGGAGCUGGGAGCAGAACCGGCUGUGUGAAAGAAUGGCUAAGUGAAAAUAAGAAAAUUAAUGAAUAAAACAUCAUUGGGUUGAAUUGUCGAUAAAUCGCCGAAGAUGCUCUAUGUAGAAUGGCAAGGACAAGUUUAAAUGACAAGAUUGGCCACCAAGUAAAUGUUGUUUAGAUAUGUAUAGUGAAGAUAUUCUUUCAUUCAACUUUCAGCUUUGUUCUUGGUGAUUGUUUGAAGCUUUGUUUGGUUUGAAGUGUUGUUGUUCAUGAGUUCAUGUCUAGCAACUUAGUGGGCUACAAAAAAUAUUUCUAGACGUGCUCAACAUGUUUUUUUUUUGAAGUAAAGUGGUGAACAUGUUUUA